CAUGAAUUGGAUGAGUCAACUGAUUUAAUGGAGACCACAUCUUCUGACACUUCCCAGUCAGCUGAUCAGCCCAGUGUCAUUGCUGACACACCCACCCAACUAUUGAUCAGCAGCAGAUGGUCUGAACUAGAGCCGACUGUGCCAGUAACUCGGACUGUGCCGAAAUGGUUCCCUAUGACAUUCUGGACACCAAUGAGCACAGAAGAGAAGGAACUGGCUAAGAUCGCUCAGUUACAAAAGGAGACAGCAGCGCACAUAAAGCGAAACCAAAGGAUGAUGGUCCAUGCACUCGCUGGACGAGGCUGCCAGCACAGGCAGAGGAACUCCUCAUCCAGGAGACUGACCACCAACCAGCCAAAUGGAAGAACCCUCUCCAGAGAGCACAGGAGGCCCAGGUUAGACCCAGCUUAUAAAGAGUUCAACUUUGCCCAGGAGCUCCGCAAAUACCCACCUUCAACUUACAUUUUCCAGGGUUGCACUGUGCCAAAGCCAUUCAAACUAUCUGGGCAAUGGAUCCAAAGGAAAGACAUGGGGACACCAUUCGUGCCAAUGGCUGAAUUCAUUAACAGAUUCGAGUAUCGAACUAGAGGAGGCAGAGCACAGUACAAGCACUGAGGUUCCAGGAGCAAAAUGGCUUCCGAAAUGACAAGAUUGGAAAAUGCUGGACAGUCCAAAGAUGUUUUUAGCCAGUUGUGAUCAGUUACUGAUUCUCUUUCUCUUGCAUUGCCUGACUA